AUGGCAAUACCAGAAUCUCUAGAAUUCCAUGUCAAAGGCUUUAAUAUGAUUGGCGGUGAGCGCGCGGGCGAGCGGCGGCGGUGCGCGGGCGCAGUGCGGCGCGGCAUGCGGCCCCGCCCGCUGCUGCUGCUGCUGCUGCUGGCGUUGCUGCGCGCGCACGGCUUGCUCGCCACCUCCGGAGGUACUAUGCUUCAACUGUCUGAAACACAGAUUACAGAUCAUAUAGAUAAGUGCUAUAGGUUUAACGACCCCGAAGUUAGGAAAGCAAAAAGGGAACAGAAUUCUAACGGAGUGGGAAGAGGGAAACGAAACAGAGGCAAGCAGAUUAGAAUAUGGGAGAACGAUAUAAAAAAGGUAGAGGGUUUAAAGUGGAUUCGAACCGCUAGAGAACGCGAAGAUUGGAAAAAUUUAGAGGAAGCCUUUGUCGAAGGACAAGGUGUAAAGAAAUAA